UCUUUUUUCCCUAUAAAUUAAUAUCUCCAUUUCAAUUUUCAUUUUCAUUUCCAUUUUUUUCAAUCCAUAGUUUCAUCUUCUUAUGCUGCUUUGAACGGUUUCUAGUCGAAUUUAGGUUUGGAAUCAAGCAGUAGAUUGAUAUGGAGUUACGGAAAAUUUCAUCGGUUUUGAUCGUAGCUCCAUUGUUGUUCAUGGCUAUUGCUGCUGCUUGCUCCAACGGAACAUGCAAGUUACUGGAUGAUUGUGAAACGGACGGAGAUUGCGAGGCUGGACUUCAAUGUUUCUCGUGUCCUCAAGGAUUUUUAGGCUCCAAAUGUGUUCGAUCAAAGGCUACACCGGUGUUCAAUCUUCUGAAUAAUUCUCUCCCGUUCAACAAAUACGCGUUCUUGACAACACAUAAUGCCUUCGCAAUCGAUGAUGGGACCCCGCGAGUUGCCCCAACAAAUCAAGAAGACAGUAUCACUCAACAACUAAACAAUGGGGUUCGAGCUUUGAUGCUUGAUACGUAUGAUUUUGAAGAUACGGUAUGGUUAUGCCAUUCUUUUGGUGGAAAAUGUUACGACUACACUAAAUUUGAACCGGCCAUAGACGCUUUGAAAGAAAUCGAAGCUUUUCUAUCAGCAAAUCCGAAUGAAAUUGUGACAAUCAUCCUCGAAGACUAUGUACAAGCACCUAACGGUUUGACCCAAGUUUUUACCAACGCAGGGCUGAUGAAGUACUGGUUUCCCAUAACGAGUAUGCCACAAGGUGGCCAAGAUUGGCCGUUGGUUAAAGACAUGGUCGCGAACAACCAAAGGUUACUUGUUUUCGGCUCGGUUAGAUCCAAAGAACAGAGCGAAGGAAUUGCAUACCAGUGGAACUACAUGGUUGAAAAUCAAUAUGGGAAUGAUGGAAUGAAGGCGGGGGAGUGUCCAAACAGGGCAGAGUCGUCUCCGAUGAACGACCAAACAAAAUCACUUGUUUUAGUGAACUACUUCCGUACGCUUCCUUUGAAGGUGUUGGCAUGCGGACAAAAUUCCGGAGGCCUCUUUAACAUGACCAAGACUUGCUACAGUGAUUCCGGCAAUCGUUGGGCCAACUUUCUUGCUGUCGAUUUUUACAAGAGGAGUGAAGGCGGAGGGACGUUUCAAGCCGUUGACUUGCUAAACGGAGAGCGUUUGUGCGGAUGCAAUGACGUACAUGCGUGUGUGCCUGGAGGAGGAAGCUGUACACCCUGAGGUUUUUGGGACCAAAUAAGACCAAUGUUUUCCAUGACAUCAAAAUACAAAACAAUACUGUAUUAAGAAUUCUAGUUUUUCUUGGUAAUUAUUUGUGAUGCAUGUUUCUUUUUCUGGGAAACUAGAAAUUAAAGAAAGAAAGAUUGAUUAUUUUUAGCAUCUUCUAUUAUCAUGUUAAAUAUGAGUUUUUAAAUAAGGCUUCCAAAUUUUUGGGGAUUAAUUUUACUUGUGUUUACAUCGUGUUCUCGAAUU